AUGCCAUAUGGUUGCAAACUACAAAGAGAUUACCCUUGUUCCUUGGCGUUCAAAACUUCGGAGUUGUGCGCUUUCUGGCGGUCCAGUCUCCGACCUUCUACGAAGAAUCUGUCAGACCACUCAACGCAAGCAAACACUACAAAGGAACUCUCAGCAUGGCAUGAUAAGUAUGGUCCCCACAAUCAAACCAAUCCGGUACUUCUCGGUGGCGUGGGGCUACAUGGAUACUGGAAGGAUCCAACCACAGGUACGUACCCCCGAGCCCUCCUAAUAAUGAGAAAGAUUCUUCAUCAAGAUGACUCGAGGGUUGCCGGAGGUGUGUCUAUCCCAACAGAGGGCUUACCCCGAAGACCUCGGAAGGAACAUAAGUGUCAAACUGGAGUCAUGACCGAAGUUUUGAUAGGUUUUCAUCCCUGGUAUUAA